AUGCAUACUGCUCUCUUCGCUGCCGUCGCCUGGGCGAUGUUCGCUCUUGCUAUACCUAGCAGCCUCGAUUUGUUCAGUGACAGCCUAGUCACGCGAGACGAAUCACUAGACAAGUUCCUUAAUUGCGAACGCCUCCAUGUCAUCUGUUCCAAAACAUUUCUCAACGCACAGCUUCCCGAUAACGACUUGGCCGAAUUCUGCGCAGACGUUUCCACUGGUGUCGAUGAUUGGGCCGUGGAGAGUCACAGAGACGGCAGUCAUUGCAUCAAUACCCAACCUGUCGAUCAGGGAGACCCGACAUGUACAGUCGCAGCGCAAUAUAGCUGGGGCAAGCGUUUCGAGGCGGAGUUUACGAUUCGCCGGUGGAGAAAAACCUGCAACGACCCGGUUACGGGUCCGACGGGUAAGAAGACGGCUAUGUUGACGGAGGUUUGCGAUAUUGUCCAUGGAGACUAUUCGGCACAUGGAACAGCAAAGGAGCUAAAAAGUGUACACUGCGGGGAUUAG